AUGAUUGGCACAAACUACACCCACACACUGAUGGAAGAUACCAUCACAUCCCGGCCUUCAAAUAUGGGCGACAACACUUUGUAUAUCAGCUUUUAUUCUUCCCCCUAUUCCUUUUCCCCAAUCAAACAUACAAACACAGCCGCCGAAGAUCAAAACGUCUUUGAGUUUAGCGAUGCCUCUGUUUGUUACCAGAAAUUCCAAGAGUUCAACCGCCAAAUCGUGGCUCCUUGUCAUGUGGUGGUAAGAGACGAUACUAUGUACUGGGUGUCUUGCGGAAAAGAUCAUAGUUCAGAACACUGGAAUGAAAUGGCGUUUCCCCCAGCGGAGAACAGCGUCAAAGUGAACACAGAUGUUAUCAAAAGAAUAUUGCUCUCCGAAGCUGGAAGAUAUCCCUGUGAUAGGUCUCUACCUCUGGUGAUAUCUUCCGCUGAAUUACUGGGUAGCUCAACCAGUAACGCCAAGCAGGAUAACCACCGCGCCACAAAUUGCCAUCUUUCUGUUCGUUUAAUGGACGGUAAAGUGGUGAGAUCCACUUUCAGCGAGAACGAAUGUCUUUUGGAUGUCAAGCGGUGGCUCCAGCAGGAAAAUCACAUUCCCCAGGUCCCAGAGGAUGAUGCUGUGAUCUCAAAUUACGUCCAAAUUGGAUACCUCGAGAAAUUUCGCCAUGCAUUUUUCUUCCCUUCAACUCGUCACACUUUUACUGAGUCGGAAGAGCUUCUACGUUUGAAAGACAUUGGUCUUCACUCAAGACUGUGUCUCAUUUUACGACCCGAUUAUGACCCAUCUGCUCAGGUGGAGGAUCCAAGCACAGGUAUUACAACUUCCUGGGAGACUGCGAUAAGUCGAAUGGGCAAUCUUUUGCAAGCACUAUACCAGUUUUUCGACUAUGGUGUCGAUGAGGCUCAAAAGGAUCUCCAGGAUUUCACAGACAGCUUGGAACACAAAGACUACGGUACUCCACAUUUCUUAGGCACAGCACCAGCGACUGGAUCGUUGGUGAACAUUACGACUGCGUCUGAUCCUGCCAAGAUUUCGGAUACCAAUGAAUCCAGUUAUCUAAAUGUUGCGUCGCGUGCAGGCUCACCUUUAUACCAAGUUACGGAGACAAAGAUGGCGCACGAUGAUUCUUGA